CGGUGUGGUAGCGCGCUAAAAAUCGGUUUAUUAUAGUGUCAUCGUUCUGUUUUUUACACAAAAAAAUAUCAAAAUGUAACCUGUAAUAUAAAAAUAUUAAUGUAGUGUAAUUAUUUCAGCUUCUCGAACCAGUAGAAACAUGUCCGACGUGGGAACGUAAGUGUGGUUAUGUGUACACAAAUAAUUUCAUUCUAAAGUUUUUAGAAUUACACUUUAUAAAUAGAAUGAUGAUGGGCCUUCUGCGAUCACUGCAGGAGGUCCCAUGGACGUGAACACAGCUCUACAAGAAGUUUUAAAAAAUGCUCUUAUUCACGAUGGAGUCGUUCAUGGUCUUCAUGAAGCUGCUAAAGCACUGGAUAAGAGACAAGCAAUGUUGUGCAUUUUAGCUGAUAAUUGUGACGAACCGAUGUACAAAAAAUUAGUUCAAGCACUUUGCAACGAACAUCAAAUUCCCCUUAUUAAAGUAGAUAAUAAUAAAAAAUUGGGUGAAUGGGCUGGACUAUGCAAAAUUGACAGUGCUGGCAAAGCUCGCAAGGUCGUUGGAUGUUCUUGUGUCGUUAUUAAGGACUUUGGAGAAGACACACCUGCUAAAGAUGUUUUGAUGGAAUAUCUUAAACAAAGUUCUGUACAUUAAAUUCUUUUAAUAAAAUAUUCUACAUAA